CACACCAAUCACUGGGACUACUACAACAGGGCCAACCACGCAUAUCACUGGGACUACUACAACUGGAUCAACCACACCUUUCACCCAGACUACUACAACUGGGUCAACCACGCCUUUUACUGAGACUACUACAACUGGAUCAACCACACCUAUCACUGGGACUACUACAACUGGGCCAACCACACCUAUCACUGGGACUACUACAACAGGGCCAACCACGCAUAUCACUGGGACUACUACAACUGGAUCAACCACACCUUUCACCCAGACUACUACAACUGGGUCAACCACGCCUUUUACUGAGACUACUACAACUGGAUCAACCACACCUUUCACCGAGACUACUACAACUGGGUCAACCACGCCUUUUACUGAGACUACUACAACUGGGUCAACCACGCCUUUUACUGAGACUACUACAACUGGAUCAACCACACCUAUCACUGGGACUACUACAACUGGGCCAACCACACCUGUGACUAAGACAACUGGGCCAACCACGCAUACCACUGGGACUACUGAAACUAGGCCAACCACACCUGUGACUAAGACAACUGGGCCAACCACGCAUAUCACUGGGACUACUAUAACUGGAUCAACCACACCUAUCACUGAGACUACUACAACUAGGCCAACCACGCAUAUCACUGGGACUACUACAACUGGAUCAACCACGCCUUUCACCCAGACUACUACAACUGGGUCAACCACACCGUUCACCAAGACUACUACAACUGGGCCAACCACACCUAUCACUGGGACUACUACAACUGGGCCAACCACGCAUAUCACUGGAACUACUACAACUGGUUCAACGACUGUGACUAUGACUACGACAACUGGGUCAACCACGCAUGCCACUGGGACUACUGAAACUAGGCCAACCACACCUGUGACUAAGACAACUGGGCCAACCACACAUAUCACUGGGACUACUACAACUGGAUCAACCACACCUAUCACUGAGACUACAACAACAGGGCCAACCACGCAUAUCACUGGGACUACUACAACUGGAUCAACCACACCUUUCACCCAGACUACUACAACUGGGUCAACCACGCCUUUUACUGAGACUACUACAACUGGAUCAACCACACCUAUCACUGGGACUACUACAAAUGGGCCAACCACACCAAUCACUGGGACUACUACAACAGGGCCAACCACGCAUAUCACUGGGACUACUACAACUGGAUCAACCACACCUUUCACCCAGACUACUACAACUGGGUCAACCACGCCUUUUACUGAGACUACUACAACUGGAUCAACCACACCUAUCACUGGGACUACUACAACUGGGCCAACCACACCUAUCACUGGGACUACUACAACAGGGCCAACCACGCAUAUCACUGGGACUACUACAACUGGAUCAACCACACCUUUCACCCAGACUACUACAACUGGGUCAACCACGCCUUUUACUGAGACUACUACAACUGGAUCAACCACACCUAUCACUGGGACUACUACAACUGGGCCAACCACGCAUAUCACUGGGACUACUGAAACUAGGCCAACCACACCUGUGACUAAGACAACUGGGCCAACCACGCAUACCACUGGGACUUCUGAAACUAGGCCAACCACACCUGUGACUAAGACAACUGGGCCAACCACACAUAUCACUGGGACUACUACAACUGGAUCAACCACACCUAUCACUGAGACUACAACAACAGGGCCAACCACGCAUAUCACUGGGACUACUACAACUGGAUCAACCACACCUUUCACCCAGAGUACUACAACUGGGUCAACCACACCUUUUACUGAGACUACUACAACUGGAUCAACCACACCUAUCACUGGGACUACUACAACUGGGCCAACCACACCAAUCACUGGGACUACUACAACAGGGCCAACCACGCAUAUCACUGGGACUACUACAACUGGAUCAACCACACCUUUCACCCAGACUACUACAACUGGGUCAACCACGCCUUUUACUGAGACUACUACAACUGGAUCAACCACACCUAUCACUGGGACUACUACAACUGGGCCAACCACACCUAUCACUGGGACUACUACAACAGGGCCAACCACGCAUAUCACUGGGACUACUACAACUGGAUCAACCACACCUUUCACCCAGACUACUACAACUGGGUCAACCACGCCUUUUACUGAGACUACUACAACUGGAUCAACCACACCUAUCACUGGGACUACUACAACUGGGCCAACCACACCAAUCACUGGGACUACUACAACUGGGCCAACCACGCAUAUCACUGGAACUACUACAACUGGUUCAACGACUGUGACUAAGACUACGACAACUGGGUCAACCACGCAUACCACUGGGACUACUGAAACUAGGCCAACCACACCUGUGACUAAGACAACUGGGCCAACCACACAUAUCACUGGGACUACUACAACUGGAUCAACCACACCUAUCACUGGGACUACAACAACAGGGCCAACCACGCAUAUCACUGGGACUCCUACAACUGGAUCAACCACGCCUUUCACCCACACUACUACAACUGGGUCAACCACACCGUUCACCGAGACUACUACAACUGGGCCAACCACACUUAUCACUGGGACUACUACAACUGGAUCAACCACAGCUGGGACUACGACAACUGGGUCAACCACGCAUACCACUGGGACUACUAAAACUAGGCCAACCACACCUGUGACUGAGACAACUGGGUCAACCACGCAUAUCACUGGGACUACUACAACUGGAUCAACCACGCAUAUCACUGGGACUACUACAACUGGGCCAACCACGCAAAUCACUGGGACUACUACAACUGGAUCAACCACACCUAUCACUGGGACUACUACAACUGGGCCAACCACGCAUAUCACUGGGACUACUACAACUGGGCCAACCACGCAUAUCACUGGGACUACUACAACUGGAUCAACCACACCUAUCACUGAGACUACUACAACUAGGCCAACCACGCAUAUCACUGGAACUACUACAACUGGGUCAACGACUGUGACUAAGACUACGACAACUGGGUCAACCACACCUACCAAUGGGACUACUAAAACUAGGCCAACCACACCUGUGACUAAGACAACUGGGCCAACCACGCAUAUCACUGGGACUACUAAAACUAGGCCAACCACACCUGUGACUAAGACAACUGGGUCAACCACGCAUAUCACUGAAAGUACUACAACUGGGUCAACGACUGUGACUAAGACCACGAGAAAUAAGUCAACCACGCAUAUCACUGCGACUACUACAACUGGCUCAUCCACAAGUGUGACUAAAUCCAGUACAACUCAGUCAUCCAGCACUGGAUAUUCAACAACAUGCUCACCUCUCCUCAAGUGUCCUCAACCACCUCCAUGUUCUGGUGGGCACCUUGAAUGGUACCAUGAUGGGUGCUGCAACAAAGCUCACUGUGUUUGCCCCCCCUGUCCAGAAACUGCGAAACCACAGUGCCCCAGAGGACUGCUAAGGAAUAUCUCUGAUGAUUGCUGCAGCAGAUGGACUUGUGAUUGUCAGUGUGAUCUCUACGGAGAUCCCCAUUACAUCACCUUCCAAGGCACACCAUAUGACAGCUACGACAACUGCACUUAUAUCCUGGUGAAGGAGAAGGUGCCACGAUAUAAUUUCCUCGUUGCUGUGGACAACUACCUACUUAAAUAUUUCACGGGCUCAUUUGUUAAGGGCGUCAUAGUGCAAUAUAUGAGUUCCAAAGCCACCCUAUAUGUAAAUGGAAACAAAAUCCAGUGCAAACUCAACAACCAGACAAUAGUGCCACCUUACAAUAAUCAGGGGAUGAGGUUUGAGAAAACUAGUUACAAGGUUAUUCUGUAUAUUGAUCAAAUUCGCUCCAGCGUCUCCAUCUCAGUAAACAGUGACUUAACUGUUACCUUGGCAAUGGAAAACUUUGAGCAUAAUACUGAAGGACAGUGUGGUGUUUGUGCUGGAGCGUCUUGUGUGCGCAGCAAUGGAGUGGUCGAGAGCGACUCAUGCUGUGGACCGACGUCUUCAUCGUGGGUGUAUAACGAUCCAGCGAAGCCUUACUGUAAACCCAAAGAUCUUCCUUGUUUUCCUACUACUACUCCUCCUACUCAACCCAUCUGUUCACCUGACCCUCGGGGUUCAGACCUCUGUAAUAUCAUUGAUGGCAGCGCCUUUGCGGACUGCAGAAAAAUAGUGGACCUGUCAUACAUUAAACGGAGCUGUAUAGCAGAUUUGUGCAUGAUGAAGAACCAAAGCCAUGAAUAUCUCUGCUCAACGCUGAGCAAAGCGGCCGAGGAAUGCAACACACACCACGUCUGUGUGGAAUGGAGACACCUGACCAACGGAGUUUGUGAUUUCUCUUGUAAGCCUGGGCUGGUUUUUCAAGAAUGUCGUGACCAUGCUGAUGACUACUGUGAAGCAGGGCAACGUGUACCAGGAAGCCGCUUUGACCUUGACCAAGCUGGGUGCUACUGUCCUGAAGGAAUGGUCCUGUCAGAAAAAUACAAAGAUAUAUGUGUGACGAAUUGUACAAGCUGCAAGGGUCCGGUUGGAGAACCUAAGCAGCCUGGUGACACCUGGGAGUCGGCGUGCCACAGCUGCACCUGUAGUAAAAUCACCAAUACCGAGGAGUGUGUGCCCCUGCCCCCUCCUACCCCUGUCAUCUGCAGAGACAACCAGAUAGCCAUCACCAUUAACCAGGGAUGCUGGAAUACAACCAAAUGUGUUUCCAGGACCUGUCGGCAAAAUGGAACAGAGUAUCAGGUCGGUCAGAGUUGGAAGGACCCUUAUAAGCCAUGUGUUACUUACGUCUGUGAGAAGGAAGGAAUAAAUACCAAAACAAUGGUUUGUCCAGCAGCUGUGACCUGUGCAGAGGAGUUCAGGAUUUGGGAUGCACAGCACUGCUGCUACAAUUGCAGUAACGUGUGCUCUGUGACGACGUCAAACGCUGUGCUAUCCGAUGGAGGCUGCACCAAAACACUACAGCUCCCCGCAUGCCAGGGCCAGUGUCAGUCAUCUUCAAUGUGGUCAUAUUCAAAGGGUGUUUUCCAAAUGGGUGGGACCUGCGGCUGCUGCCAGGAGCAGAGCUCUGAAAUGCGACAAGUACAGCUGACCUGCAGUGGCAACACAACACAGACCUACAGAUACAGGCACAUCACGGCCUGCGAGUGCAAACUCUGCAAGGGGGAGAACUGAAGCCGUCGGGUUCAGCAAUGACCCGGGUGAACGGCCCAGCGCUCUUUCAAACACCUUUGGUCACCAUGGAAAUCUGUCUUCUUAACCUUCUCAAAUGUCACAUUGUUCAUAAACAAGACAUUAUCCCCAAAAUAAUCAUAAUUUAGUUAUAUCAGCUAUAUCUAAUACAGGAAAUCAGUUUUGCAUAAUUAAGUCAUUAAAUAAAUUAACAUAUUGGUGUAUUGGUGAUGGAACAGUAAUAUCAUGCUGUGUCUUUUGAAAUUUGAAAUAAACCAUCUUUGCAUCUGUU